AUGAAAAGAAGCGAAAGAUCGACAAAGCGUGAUCCAUCUUAUUGGGAGUAUGUUGAUGCUUAUCAUUCGGUUAAAAACAGCAACACCUCAGUCAGACCCAGUGCAUCAUCUUUUGAACCACCGAAGCCAGCAAGGAUGAUCCCCAUGUUGGAUCAAUUUCUGCCAUUUAUGCAUGGUUUCAUUGAGGAUGUUGUUGAUGUGAAAGCGGAUGGUAAUUGUGGAUAUCGGUCAGUUUCCAUUUUGUUAGGUAUGAGAGAAGAGUGUUGGGCCAUGAUGCGUAAUGAAUUGAUUAAAGAACUUGGCAAAUGGUCGCAAGAAUACAUAAAGAUCUUUGGUGGCACGGAGAGAUAUGAACAACUGAGGUUGUCCCUACACGUAGAUGGGUUAUCCAAGGUUAGUAUGGACAAAUGGAUGGAUAUAACAGAUAUGGGAUAUGUAAUUCCGUCAAGAUAUAAUGUAAUCCUUGUAUCGUUGUCACAACAACAGAGCUUCACAUUUUUUCCUCUCAGAAGUCAACCACCGGCCGAUUCUGCUGCGCACCGCAUAAUAUGCGUCGAUCAUGUGUUUGACAGUCAUUUUGUUCAGGUCCAUUGA